AGCAGUAGACGCCUUCAGCAUCGGCUGGAAGGAUAUAGACGCAUACGCAUUCCCGCCAUUUUGUCUGAUUCAGAAAUGUCUGACCAAGAUAUGGAGGGAGCAGGCGGAGCUGACGCUCGUGACCCCGUAUUGGCCGGCCCAGCCUUGGUUCCCGUCGCUGCUGGAGCUGACGUGCGAGCCAGCGUUGAUUCUUCCGAGGAGGGAGCUUUUGUUGGGCCCGACGGGCCAACAGCACCCACUGGCGCAAUCGAUCCUACUAAUCGCCUGGCGGUUGUCAGGAAUCAAAUGGAAAGCGGCGGCUUUUCGGACCAAGUGGUCAACCUUCUCCUGGGUGGAGUGCGCAACUCCACAUCAGCUGCUUACCAAUCCGCUUGGAACGGUUGGCACAGUUGGUGUGUUCGGCAGGGAGCGGAUCCCAUGUCUCCACCUUUAGAGAAGGUACUUGAAUUUUUAUCGUGGCUGGUGGGCGAGGGAAAGGCAUAUAGGACAGUUAACGUCGCCCGCUCUAUGCUUUCCUCUACCUUGGGUAAGAUCGACGGCGUCGACAUCGGUAAACACCCUCUCGUGGUAAAAUUAAUGAAAGGGGCCUACAACAAGAUGCCGCCGGCCCCAAAGUAUGCAGGCUUUUGGGAUGUAAACUUAGUAAUAAAUUAUAUUAUCUCCUUGGGCCCUAAUGAUGGACUUUCGUUGGCCGCCUUAUCGUCUAAGUUGGCAGUUUUGUUGGCACUCUCAUCGCUAUACAGGGUCUCGGAACUGGCCAACAUCGUCAAAGAUUCCAUUGUGAUUGACGACGAACAAGCCAAGUUUUCCCUGUCGGCGCCUAGGAAAUCUCAACGGGCGUCCCCUCUCCAAGUGAUCACCCUGAAAAAAUUGCACCCCGUUUCCUUAGCAUGCCCGGUGGAGACUUUGAAACAGUAUAUUUCCGUCUCGGAGCAGUUCCGUGUAAGGGCAAAAGCUAGAUUGCUACUGCUGGGUCUCCGCCCGCCUCGAAGUUCAGUGAGCGGUUCAACGGUGGCACGUUGGAUCAAGUCAAUCUUGGCGGAGGCAGGAGUAGACACGACCAUUUACUCGGCCCACUCUACGCGUGGAGCUUCGGCUUCCAACGCGGCAAAUCGAGGUGUACCAACGGACGCUAUCUUGUCAGCAGGUUGUUGGAAGUCGGAAUCCACAUUUACCCGUUUUUACCGUGGCCCGACUGCGGGUGCAUCGGUAGCAAGCGCAUUGCACAUGGGUCGUUAGACCAUCAUUUCAUUACAGGAAAGGAAGCAAUGGAGCCAGCGGAAGUCAAUCGAAGUAAUGAUGUUCCGAAACUUUCCCAUUUUUUGUUGUUGGCGGAAUCCCGGCAGAAGAUUAAGCAAUUUUUUGUUAUGGUUAUCUGUUUAUUUGAAAUCCUCAUUGGUCUGAAGGGGCGUAGUUCCUGAGGGCCUGAGGUGACUGUCAUUUGUUUCUGCUUUGAAAAAUCAGCUGUAUAACACAAGGUCAACACCUAUAUGGAUCCAGGUCUCGCCACUUGAUCGGCAAUCACAAUUGCCCUUCUGUCGCUAGUUAGCGACAUCGAGCAAUUAGC